AUGAAGAACGCCCGCAGAGUGUCACUUUCACCGUUGAUUUUGCGGUCACUCGCUGAACUUCAGGACGGCCUCAACACCGUAGUUGACAAGAAUUGGAGGCAGUUGCGGCGACCGGGUGACUGGUCACUGGCUAUUACUAUGGAAGCUGCGGAAUUACUCGACUCUUAUCCGUGGAAGUGGUGGAAGAAUGUGAAGGCACAACCAGACCUACAAAAUGUGAAGAUUGAGCUCACGGACAUUCUGCAUUUUUCCUUGUCGGGUGCCAUGCAGGUGAGUGACGAAAACUCGGGGGCGGUCCACAAAGCCGAGGCAGGCUCGAAUGGAGAAUCAGGGAAGCAUUGGUGCUACUUUGACCAACCUCGUGCGCUGCCCGCAGCAGGGGGAGCAGAAUAUGUGGCAUGCGUCGAAACCCCAGGUUCCUCUCUUUCAGCGCCCGUGUCUGCUGACGAGUGUGACCUGGCGGACUUUAUGUUCUUCCCCCUCUCUGAUACAAAUAACGCACUAGCAAGUUUUCAGAACAUUAUUCGACUAGCCAGCCUUCAACGAUUCCAACUCGUGACAUCAGCCGUUAUCGCAGCUGCGGACGAUAUUGGUUUCAACCUCGUUGCCUAUUAUGUGGCGAAACAUACACUCAACGGUAUCCGUCAGAUGAAGGGCUACAAAGAUGGCACGUACGUAAAGGUGCAAAAAGGCGUGGAGGACAAUGAGCUACUCCAUGGGUGCAUAUCUCCGUUUUCCCUUGACGACGUGACUAACGAAGGGAAUUACAAAACAAAAUGGGAUGACAUCAUGCACCGCGUUUAUGAUGCCUUUGGUACCCCGAAGGAGGAGCGGUUAAACAUUGGGCACUGGCUAAAGUCGUAA